GAAAUGUUUGACUGAAAGCUGACAGAGGAAGACUUGGAAGUGGCAAUACAUGACAUCAGAGGAAGAAACAGAGGAGUUGCAUAAGAAGAAUCAAACGAAGAGCUGAGGGAGGAAGACUUUGUAACUCCAACUUUUGGAGAUUGGCACAAGAAAACCACCCAAGAGCGACGAAAAGAAGAAGCUGAAAGUCAAAAGAGAAUGAAGGACAUAAUAGACUCGUUGGAAGAAGCAACAACUCAGACAAGUCUCUCACAAGAAGAAAACCAGAAAACUCAAGACUUGCUGAAGAAGUUGACCGAAGAGAAUGAAAAGCUAGCAAGGCAGAAUGAUAGAUAUUGGGAGAUGUUGGACAAAGCCUUUGAGGAAGACAAUAUAGCAACAAGGAAGAUACAGAUCUUGCAGAACAAAUUGUUGAAGAAGUGGAAAGUUUUUACAACCAUUGAGAAGGAAAAAAAGAACUUGGAGGACGUCAUUGAGCAGCAGAGAGAAACGAUACACAAUCUGAAAAAUGAAUUGCUGGAAAUGGAAAGAAAGCUACUGGAGAAGGAUAUGUUGGAUUCUCAAGAGGAUUUACGGAAAGAUGAUAUAAAAACAGUAAAAGUGAUGGUGAGGAUGGUGAAGAUGGUGAGGAAGAGGGUGGAGAAGGAGCUGAUGGUGAAGAUGGUGGAGACGAUAAUGAAGACAAAGAAGAAGAACCUGAAGUGAGAACAACCAGAAAGAAGCACACAGCAGCAAGAAAAGAUAAAAGAGGCAGGUCUUCUCCAAAACAGGAAGCAAAGAAACAAUCAAGGACAAGGGAAAUGGUGAAAA